AUGCCGGCUCCAGUGCCAGCUCAGAUACAUGCCAGCUCCAGUGCCCGCUUCUUUGCAAGCUCCAGUGCCCGCUUCUCUGCAAGCUCCAGUGCCCGCUUCGCUUCCAGCUCCAGUACCAGCUCUGAUGCCGCUCCGGUGGCAGCUCCGGUACCCGCUCCAGUACCCGCUCUGGUGCCAGCUCCGGUGCCAGCUCUAACCCUCACUCCUGUGCCCGCUCUUGUGCCCACCCCUGUUCCCGCUCAUGUUCCUGCUCGUCUUCCCGCUCUUGUGUCCGCUCCGGUGACCGCUCGAGUGACUACUCCGGCGUUCGCCUCGAUGCCAGCACCUGUGCCAGCUCCAAUGCCAGCUCCAGU